UUCAGUUUGAAUUGAACAGGUUUGCUCGCAAGUCUGGAGCAAGUAUUUCAUUACAGACUGUGCACCAAGAACAACAUAAGCCCCCAAAAGUGAAACUUUCCCUCAGCAACUAUGGAAAAUGCCCCGGUGGACUGAGAUGCACUUCACAGGCUCCUCCUUAUCUCCUUGCUUUGACUUUCCCGAAAGCUGUCAACCUCUGGCGGUAUUUGCGUGUUGGUGUAGCACUUGCAGGAGAAGAAAAUCUCCCUUCAUCUAUCAGGAGCGAUCCAGGGUGUUAUGGGAACCAAGCACUCAAAGAACGAGGGACGAAGGAGCAUGCUUUUCCUGCGGAAAAGUUCGAAGUUGCCUGCAUGGGAAGAUGCUCUUCUCUCAGGGAAAGACCCCAAGUCACUGCUGAAACGGGGACUGCAUUAUAUUAGCUUGAGCCUUAUAAUGAAAGGGAUGACUAGUGCCCCUGACUUCUUGUGGGGACUGCCUGAGGUGCAGAAACUGAACCUUUCGCGUAACCAACUGGUGGCGAUUUCUCCUUCACUGGGAAAACUAGACCGUCUUGUAGUGCUGAACCUGGGUGGCAAUCGCCUCAAGUGCCUGCCAAAGGAGAUUGGACUGCUGAGGAACCUGAAGGUUUUGUUUGUUAACAUGAACUGCCUGACAGAAGUGCCAGCAGAGCUCAGCUUGUGCAGGAAGCUGGAAGUUCUGAGCCUCUCGCACAAUUGCAUCUCACAACUGCCUUCAAGCUUCACUGACCUGACAAGUUUAAAGAAACUGAACCUCAGUAACAAUCGCUUUGUGCAGAUCCCCCUCUGCAUUUUUGCACUGAGGAGCUUAGACUUCUUGCACCUGGGGUCCAACAGGCUUGAAAACAUAGCAGAGAGCGUCCAGUAUCUAGUCAACUUGCAAAUCUUCAUCGUGGAGAAUAACAACAUACGCACGCUGCCGCGGUCUCUCUGCUUCAUCACAGCUCUGGAGCUGCUAAAUGUAGAUAACAAUUCCAUACAGACUCUUCCCGAUGAUCUCUAUCUGCUGCACAGGCUGCCCCGGAUUGCAUGGAACCCGAUGGACAAAGGCCUUCACAUCUCCCACAACCCUCUGUCCCGACCCCUGCCUGAGAUCAUUGAGGGGGGACUGGAUGUUCUCUUCAACUAUCUAAAGGAAAAGAAGGAACACAACUAAGUUUCUGCCGGACUUGGGAUUAAGCCUGUCAUCAUGACUCACUUGUGCCAGAGUACUUUCCCCAACAGUCACUUCCACUUCAUAACAUUUGGAUUUCCAAGACUGUGGAUGGCUUUAGUAAUGGCUGGCAGAAAGCAAGUAAAGUGUAAUAGUCCUGUUUAAGUGAGUGAAGAGUAAAAUUUUCUAAAACUAUCCACUCCUGUAGUCUUCAGAGUUGGAGUGUUUGGGCUUUUCUGGAGAGGAAGAAAACAUGCAAACAAUAAAUGGUGAUAAAAUAUUUGCUCUUCUUUUGACAGAAACAAAUUAAGACAGAUGGCUAGAAGUUUAGUUAUCUAUAUUUGCCAGAUAUUAGGCUGGAGAAAUAUUAAUAUAAUUUGGAUUUGCUCUAUAUGAUUGAAGUUGCACUUUAACUCCUGCUCAUUUCUUCAUGUGCAGGUAUGACUGCAUAAACAAACACUGCUACCUAAAUGAAUCUCAAGGAAAAUGUUUAAUUUGCUUUCAGCAGUGUAUAUAUCCUGAGCUAUAUUAGCCCAAAGACAAUAUAUCACUGGCCAGUUCAAUAUUCCUUGUUGUUUACCCUGCAGCUGUGAUCUGGCUGCUAUAAAUUGCAGGUGAAGAUGUCAUUAGUGGAGAGAUUCUCCAGCUCUUUGGAAGAAGACUCCAAACAUAGCACCUAGUCCCAUUCCUGAUACAUGUGUCUUUUCCCAUGGAGCCUACUUGGAUAUUGGUAGAAGUGUAUCAGGAUCAGCCAAGGGGAGAAAUGGAAGUGGAACCUUAUUCCCUUGAACAGAGGCUGCCAGAUGAAGCUGGUCAUUAUGAGAUGGACUGCUCUUGUUUCCCUUCUGCACUUCGCUGUAUUUGGAAUCAUGGAAUGACUUGACUCAGGAAGCAGUAUGUCUCCUAAGGGUGAAGUAUUUCUUUCAAGAAAACCAGCAGCAAACUAAUCAUCUGCUUAAGUAAGAGCUUCAAAAACAAAUGCUUAUUUCUGUGAUUUUCAGUAUCAGUCAGUAGCAAAGAAGUUAGGUCUUAUGUGAUUUCUUAUAUUGAUCUUCUCUGUAUGUCCUUCAUCAAAGUUUUAUCUAGUAAUAAAGAGGCAGUAUGAAAGAACUGUUAUCAAUUUAUGCAACUUGAUUUUUUUCUCAUCCCAGAGAAGACAGAAGCAACUCUGUCGUAAUCAGUUGAGAUAAAUGCUUCUAAUAGCAGCAUAAAAAAGGAAUGAGCCUGUAAUUCUUGAGCUAAUUAAGAAUAUCCAAAGCCACUUUUAAAGUGCUUCCUAUUGUAUGUCAAAUCUCAGGAAUCAAUUAUUAUUUUUUAAAAUGUAAUUUCCUCAGAAUUAUGGAAGACUGUAGAAGGUGGACUGAGGGAAAAACCCUCCCAUCAGCAAUGGUAGAAGUAGUCUGCUAAGAGCAGACAGUCAUGCAAUUCAUAGGAACAUGCAAGUAAGUGCAGCACCUUUGGCCAUGCUAACACAUCAGUGCAGUGUCGAACAUAGCAAUGAAGGAACUAUGCUCACAGACUCUUUCACUGUAGGGCCACUCAGUCUGAUAUUUUGUUGUGUUGUUUUGUGUAUCAUUUCUUAUCUUAAUAGAGAAUUUCAGUGCUGUGCUCAGCAACUGCAGUUUCUAGGAAAAAAAGAAACAUUUUUGAAGGCCACUUUUGCUGGAGCAUAAGGCAAACAAAGUAAAUAAACAAACACCAAAACACAGUAAUUUGUGUCUUUAAUUUAAUGUGUGUUUUAAAUGUUAUUUUUAAUCUUCCUUUGCAUGCAUUUACUUCAUUCAUGCAGUGGGAUUUAUAGCAAGUUCCAAGAUUUUUAAUGCACAAUACAUUGAAUAAAUUAAUAUGUGAUUCAAUUAGCGACAAGAAAUAACCCUGCAAUUAUUUAUAGAAAUACCAACAGAUAAUUCUUGGAGGAGAUUAGAUACAGAUUAUUAACUUCUCUAAAUGCCCAUUUCAUAUCCCUAAGUCUUGCAUUCACGUAAACAUUCUACUCCCUCAGCAGCACUUUGCAGGAAAAUUAAAUGCCUAUGGCAUUAAUCACCUGAGAAGGCUUUCCACACAUCAGCAUCCAGGAUUAUGUGACACCAGAUAGCCUCUGAUAUGUUCUGACUAGAAGAGGUAUGCUUCAUAAUUUACAUGGGAGAUGUGAGCCUGAACUCUGUGUGUUCAUUAGGACACUACUACCGACGGUGAGCAGCAGUGCAUGAUUGAAGAAAAUGGUCUCCCGACAGGGGAUUAAAAGGCAAAUUUGACAGAAUCAAAUGCAUCUGGAAAAGCAGUUAUAAUAUGAAGUGCAAUAGCAAUAAUUUAAAAUUCAAUUAUUCAAUUGAAUAAUAAUAACCUUUUACUCAAGCUAAUAAACCUUUGCAGGGAUACGAAACACAUAAAAGUCUCUGCCUUUUUAAACAGAAUAAUAAAAUUCAUUGAAUAAAUGGUACUUUAAUGUAUAAUUCAGAUUUUGCUACUAAAAAGAUAAUUUCUACUGAACUGCUUUAGUCUUUCUUUCAUUUCUGCAUUAAAACCCUUGUAAAUAGGUUUCUUAGAGAUACAGAAAAUGAACUCAC